CAGUCGCGCGCUACAGUCGAGAGAUUAGGCAGUCACGCUUCGGGAUACUUCGGACUGCGCCGUGUGGAUCCGCGUGACGCGUCGUAUCGCCACCGGGUAUAUAGAGAGGGGUCGCGCACAAGCGGGGUUUGCUCCAGUCCCUCCUCGACCGUUCUGUGAGCGUGCGCGCACUCCUGCGAACCCAAUCGAUUAGAGUUGCCGUUCCGUCCGAGCGUCGAAGUCUCCGUCGCACCAUGCGGUGGUUGGUGCUGCUGCUGCCGUUCCUCUGCGUCGCCGCGGCGCAGAGGCCCGAGCUGAACGAGUUCAAAGAGGUGUACAUGUGGAACCAGUUCGACUUCAAGUGGCCGGACGAGUCGGCGCGGCUGCGCGCGCUGUCGGACGCUCGCUUCCAGCCCGUCAACUGCGCGCUGUCGGGCAUCCGCGCGUGGCGCGACCGGCUGUACGUGACGGUGCCGCGGCUGCUGCCGGGCGUGCCGGCCACGCUCGCCUCGCUGCCGGCCACCGCGCCGCCGGGCGCCUACUCGCCGCCGCUCGACCCCUUCCCGUCCUGGGACAUGCAGGCCGUCGGCAACUGCACCGCGCUGCAGUACGUGCAGAGCGUCGAGAUCGACGCCGCCGGCAGGAUGUGGGUGCCCGACUCGGGCCGUGUCAACACGCAGUCGGGCAACGCGGACGCGCGCUGCCCGCCCAAGCUGCUCGUCAUAGACGUGGAGACCGGGCGCGUGCAGCGCACCGUCCAGUUCGAGCCCGGCCUGCUCGCCCCGGACUCGCUGCUCGCCGACGUCGUGGUCGGCGACGACGACGUGGCGUACGUGAGCGACGCGAGCCCGAGCGACCCGGGCAUCGUGGUGGUGAGCGCGCGCGACAGCCGCGCCUGGAAGGUGCGCGACCGCACCAUGCGCGCCGACAGCACGUUCGUGCAGGUGGGCCAGCGCCGCACCGAGCUGCGCCACAACGUGUUCGCGCUGGCGCUGUCGCCGCGGCCGCGCGCCGGGCCCCGCCGCCUCUUCUACUCGCCGCUCAGCAGCUACGACCUGUUCUCCCUACCCACGGACGCGCUCGCCGCGCCCGGCGUCGCCGUCUCGGCGCUCGUCAGGAACCACGGCCGCAUGCAGUCGCCGGUGCAGGCGGCGGCGGCCGACUGGCACGGCAACCUCUACCUGGGCUACCUGCAGCAGGAUGCCGUCGCGCGCUGGGACAGUUCGCAGCCGCUGGCGCAGGCCCGCCUGCUCACGCAGGACCCGGAGCGCCUGCAGUGGAUCUCGUCGCUGGCCGUAGACGCCGACCGCAACCUCUGGGUCGUCAGCAACCGGCUGCAGAACUUCAUGGCCGGCACCGUCAACCAGCAGACGCCUAACUACCGCGUCAUCCGCGCUUUCGUCGACGCCAAGUCGUACCUGUACAGCGACGACGCGUGGACACCGCAGCAGGGCGGCGCCUUCACCGUGCCCGGAGCAGCCGCCACCACCCGCAGCAGCACCAGUAGCUUCGUCACCACCACUACAGUGCCGCCGCACGCAGACGGCGGGGCUUCCGCUUCGGCCGUCACGGUGCUACUCUACUCGUUACUGUUGUUACCGAUGCUAGUCGUUCUAGCCUGAGGUGCUCAGUAAUAACUGUGAAGUAAAAAUCACCGAGCACUCGUACUUAGUCGCGCCGCACGACGCUCGCUACAAGCGGGGACACUCUCUUACAGUGUGGGACUCGACCAACAUUUUCAAAAUUUGCUGUACUUAUUUGGUGGUAACCGUAGUCUCUGUUCUUCGCGAAACUGAGACAGUGAGACAAAUGGAAAACUUAAUCAACGAGCCCCCUCUACUGUCAAUGGACACUUUGAAGCACAGAUCCACGUAAAGGCUUCAUCGAGUUGCCAAAGGACCUUCAUUUCUAUGUCAGCACACUAGAAAAGGGAAUCUACAAAUUUUUCCAAUUUCUGAGUUAAACAACACAACACUGAAGUAACUUCGUGUCAUCGUUGACAAUUUCCAGAAUGAGAUUUUCACUCUCAAGCGGAGUGUGCGCUGAUAUGAAAGUUCCUGGCAGAUUAAAACCGUGUGCCGGACCGAGACUCGAACUCGGGACCUUUGCCUUUCGCCGGCAAGUGCUCUACCAACUGAGCUACCCAAGCACGACUCAAGUAAAGCUGUGAGGACAGGUGUGAGUCGUACUUAGGUAGCUCAGGUGGUAGAGCACUUGCCCGCAAAAGGCAGAGGUCCCUAGUUCGAGUCUCGGUCCGGCACACAGUUUUAAUCUGCCAGGAUCUUUCGUCGUUGACAACUGUCUGUGAUUGUACAAUAGCGUAAAAAUUUGUAGGAUAGGGAAAUAUUUUUUAAAACUUUGUCUACAAAACGCAUCGCUACAAUUCUUCUUUCAAAAUUUUGGGCACAUGACAGAUGUGAGUUGUGUAUUUUAUGGCAUAUUAUUUCGUUAUUUCUUCAGAAAAUUCUGCAGAUGGUCUGAGAGAUGUUCUAUGUAUUUGGAUCCGAUGUCGGAUACAUUACGACAGAUAUCUGCCAAAAAUCGAGGUUCUGGUUUUUUCACGUCACAAGAACCUCCUUCCAUAAGAGACUUAACCCCUGGUGAUGGAACUGUGCCUUGAAAUUCACAUUGGCGUAGUAAAUACGCCGUUGAUAACCAUGUAGACGGACUUUAGUACCAAGUUUUCCAUUUGUAAAAGAAGACAGGCAUUUAGCUAGCAGUGACAUGUCUGUGCUGACCACUUUUAUGUUCUACAGCGACACUUUGAGAGUGUUUAAUUUCACCGCCAAAUUGUUGAAAGAUAACAAAAGCACUUCACAUUGCCAGAAGACUGGCUAUGAGGUGUAUCUGUGGAAGGAAGGAGGCUGAAUCUGUCAGUCUGUGGAAAAUGAGAGUUCACCAGCAAAAGGCAGUCAUCUGGCACGGAAUCUGUUAUCGCUUGUGCAGAAAAAUACCACAAAAUUAAUACAGAACAGACUUAUUUCCUCCUCCUCCACGUUACGCUGUUCAGUAGCAGAAAUACUUGACAAUUACCUUGAAUGUAACGUCGUCAGCAUAAAAAUUAAAAUGGGUUUUGGUAUUCCCAAUAGUAUUACAGGGCAGCAUUGUCCGCAGUAUCAUUCCUUCCAUUCAUCUGCCUCUUUAGCUCCAGUGCACGCGUGUGCGUGUGAGAGAGAGAGAGAGAGAGAGAGAGAGAGAGAGAGAGAGAGAGAGAGAGAGAGAAGAGAGUGCGCUUGGGGGAAGAUGGAUUUUUGUAGUCGACUAACCAACAAAAUCUCAUAUGAUUCCCUCAGCUAAUGAUUGAUGUCACGUCCUACAAAGGAGCUAUAAGCUUAACCAAAUUUCAUAUAGGAUAGGGAAAUAUUAUUUAAACCUUUGCCUACAAAAUGCAUUGGUACAAUUCUUCUUUCAAAAUUUUGGGCAUAUGACAGAUGUGAGUUGUGUAUUUUAUGGCAUAUUAUUUUGUUAUUUUCUUCAGAAAAUUAUGCAGAUGCUCUGAGAGAUGUUCUAUGUAUUUGGAAGCUAUCAGCUACUUGUGUUAUCUGUAAAAAUACUGUGUCCACUUUGUAAAUAUGUAUUUGUGUAUGUACUGAUCCACUGAGCAAGUAAUAAUAUAGAAUUCAUAAGAACUGUGAUCCAAAUGAUAAAUGACUGGAUGUUGUGUGGUGUGUGAGUCCUUGUUAAAUGAAACUGUUUGCUGUUCAUGAAAUCUGUUUCACUUUCAACAAAGGGAGGCAGGCUAUAUGACAUCAGAGGUAGAAAAUCAGUCUGAACACAUCUUCUAGUUAAGCAUAUAACUUCAGAUUCUCAGCUAAAACUCGUACCAAAUUAAACAUAUUUACAGCUUCAGUUUUGCACUCAGUUUAAUAGCAGUGUUAUCUUUUCAUUUGAGCAGUAUAGUAUUUGUCAUAGAUUGUGUUCUAUAACUGUAAUAUUAUAAAAUCUCUGACAAAUGAGGUAGCUGUAUAUUCAUAACUGCUAAGGUUUGUAUGAAAUAAACUGUGUUACUCAUUAGUGACACAUAACUUUGUGAAAUCAUUCAGCACACAUCCAGAAAUUUAAUGUUACCUAAAACUAACUCUAAACACUGUGUGUAUGUAUGUGAAACUGUUUAUAAUGUACACUUUGACCUCGUGAUAAUGGCUAUAAUAAAAUUUAUCUUCACAAUUA